AUGGACAGUCAGACGAGUCCAGCAGGUUCCUUCGACCUUCGGGGAGAGUUCUAUAGCCGAUUCAAUCAAUAUGUAACCUCUGUCCAGGCCACUAUGUCGGCUCCGACCGAUUCAACUGUUCUUGAGCGCCUUGGAGACGACCUGGACCAAUUCUCGCAGCUCGUCCACCAGGAGCACACCGGUGGCCGCGGCCGCCCCCGAUAUGUCAUUGAUCGCGACUGGCUUGCGUGGGCCUAUCAGCAGCGGUCCACAUCCGGUAUUGCGCAGUUUCUGCAAGUUAGUCGCACUGUCGUCCGCAACGCGCUGUUGGAGUAUGGAAUCGCCGAACCACAAGCUAGCCCCUUUCCCCUCGUACAAUCGUCUAGUGAGACAUCCGAGCCACAUGAAGAAGGAGCAGACGAUGACCUCCUCCAUCCUGUGCGCGCUUGGCCGCCUGAAUCUCAGCCGCAGGUCGCGUCGUAUACAGGUCCACUGUCUACUCUCACUGACAGUGAACUUGAUGAUUUGAUCUUCCGCCUGCGGCAGCACUACAUUCGGGCGGGACUUGCAAUGCUCGAUGGGAUGCUGCGAAGGUUGGGCCAUCGCAUUCCUCGCACUCGAAUUCGCGAAUCUCUUCUCCGCAUUGAUCCUGUUCACCGGGUCUUCGAGCGGAUCCGGAUUCGCAGGCGGAAAUACCAAGUCGCAGGGCCAAAUGCCUUGUGGCACCACGACGGGCAACAUGUGGCCUACAUACACAAUGUGCGCAUUGAGCGCCUGUGGGUUGACGUCACUGCACAGGUCGGAUCAAAAUGGGCAGAGUUCUUCAUGCAGCUGGAGCUACGGUACGGCCUCGACCCGCAGAGUGACCUCCAUAUCUGGUUGCUCCAAUACCUUUUCCUUGAUGACAUCAAUGCGGAACUCGAGUUCUUUGCUGAAGGCUGGAAUCACCACCGGAUCCAAAUCCGCAAUGGUCCGAAUUGCUCUCCAGCAGACAUGUUUGGCUUUGACAUGCUCGUUCAUGGUGUGCGGGGUGACCAGUUGCCAGAAGAGGCUCUGAGCGAAGAGGAGUUGGAGGUGUAUGGAGUUGACUGGGAAGCGCUCCGCGAGGAGAGGCUAUUACACUCGCAUCAUGCGAAUAAUGCUCACGAUGAUGGUUGGUCAUCAUGGAUUGGUAGGUCAGGUCCUCCAGAGCACAUGAACGAAGUACCAGUUCAAGCUUUGGAGGAUCCAGCCCUUACCAAUCUAUCCAAUACUCUGGCAGAGCUCCGAGAUGUCAUUCAUCCAUGGGCUGGUCGCGCUGAUAGCGAGAGUCUGACUUUGCGCUGGAUUAACUCGCUUCUUUUAUUACAAGCUAGGUACCCAAACUUGUUUCUGUAA